AUGCCGGACAGCAAUGUUGCUAACGGGGUUGUGUUGUCAGAUAAACCAGACAAGUUUAUUGAUAAAAUCGAUCCUGAGGAUCCAGAGUAUCAGAAAAGUUUAAUGCGCCCUGCUUGCAUAAAAGAAGAUGUAAAUUUGAUGAUUCAACGACAGCGCGUGUCCGGCAUACUGAAGUCGGAUGCUUUUCGACGAGAACUGGAGGAGGUUAUACGUUCUCAGUGUCCAUCUGGUGACUAUCCUGGUAUGAGCACUAGUCUUCUGUCUCUGCAACACAUAUCAGAUUUAUUCAAUUCUGCCCCUUCUGGUAAACCUCUUGGUGGGGGUGGGUUUGCAAGAGGGCAUCGUAAUGGUGUUAUUCCGAUAAAUGACUUGCGUGGUGGUGACGCGACUGUUUAUUCUCGACGUGAACGUUCUCUCCGUUGCAAACUAGCAUCGGUAUAUCGCUUAAUAAAUCUUUUCGGAUGGAAUUCGAGUAUAUACAAUCAUGUGACUGUGUGUGUUAGUCGCAAUCAUGAACAUUAUUUGGUUAAUCCUUUCGGAUUGCUUUAUCAUGAAAUUACUGCUUCGUCUCUCAUCAAGGUCGAUUCCAAAGGCCAGAUACUUGAUCCAGGAUCUACCAUUUUAGGUGUAAAUCAAGUAACAUGGGCCUUACAUUCAGCUGUUCAUUCAGCUCGGGCUGAUAUCCGAUGCAUUAUACACUUGGAUACCCCUUCUACUGUUGCAAUAUCUUGUAUGAAAUCGGGUUUGUUGCCUCUUUGUAAUGAAGCAAUGAUUUUGGGCGAAGUGGCUUAUUAUACUCCUAGCGGUGGAUUAAGCUGUAGAACCAACGCCGACGCUAACGGAGAUUUCGGUGAUAUUAAAGAUUGGGCAGCUGAAUGUGCAACAGUCAGUGAAGCUUUAGGUCCAACUGCUCGUAUAUUAUUUCUUCGAAGUCUUGGAUUACUUGCCUUAGGUGAAACGAUCGAGGAGGCAUGGCAUUAUGCAACUAAUGCAAUAGUUGCAUGUGAUACUCAGCUCUUAUUGGCCUCAGUCAGUACCGAAAAUCUCAUUCUCCCUACAGACAAACUAAAGCAAAAAACUUAUGAAACAUGGCGCACAGCUGGAUUAGGCGGUCUUAGUGGUCCAGAGGCUGCACUAGCUAUGCGACUAUCUUCGCCUAAUAAGUCUGGUACUAGUGAAGCAGGACAACAUUCAGUAACAAAUGGUUUCAUCUCAGAUGGUUCAAAUGUGGAAAGUAAUUCGGCCAGACCAUGGCGCUUAGGUGAACUUGAAUUCGAAGCUAUGAUGCGUCAUUUAGAUAACGCUGGGUGUCGUACAGGCCAUCUUUAUCGGCAGGAGGCUAUGGCGAGCCCACAUCGAUCACGAAGAAGUAAAGUCGUGAAUGGACACGGUGGGGCUGGUCGUCAGGACGAUGAUAUACAAGUUCCACCAUCUGCUUCGUCUGUAACUGCUACAAUGGCUUAUUAUUAUGAUGACGGAGUUCUUUCGGGCGAUGAAACGGAAACACCUAGACCAUCAACUCUUAGGCGCGAGUUUUCGGAGAAGCAAUGGUUUAACACACCAAACAAAUACACUAAAGAAAUAAUUGAACCUGCUCCAGGCCAUCAACCAGUUCCGCAUUGGGUUUGUGAACGUGAAGCAGCUGUUCAUAAUGCUGUUUGUAAUGGUGCUCUACCUCCUCCGGCACCAUUUCAUCCUUUAACUCAUGGAGCAGUACCACUUGGUUCAACUGGUGGGCCGGCAACUGGGACUUCGUCAGUCAUGUCACCCUACAAUGUAUUUGCUCCUCAAGGUUCUAAUCCAAAAGAAUAUCGCGAGCAGCAAAAGAAAGUCAAGGCGAAGUAUUAUCAUGAUACAAAUACUGCUGGACCUCAAUCUCGACUGUUGGAUGGUCUCACAUGGGAUGAAGCUCGACGAGUUCGUGACGAAGGUUUAGUCAAAGUAUUAGGUCCGAGAGCCGCCGCUUUAGUGGCAGGUGGUGUUACUAGUGAAAUGCCUGUAGCUGCAGCUAGUAAGGCAAUUAUCCAACGUGAUAUACGAAAUGCAGCAGUGAUAUAUGAUGGUCUUUAUUCUCAUCAAAAUCCAUUCGAAAAAAUUACCGAUGAAGAAUUAGAGAUGUAUCGACGUGAAAUUGAACUUAAAAAUAAUCCUGAUUUAGCUGCCGAGAUGGAUCAUCAUCUUACCGGACAGAAUGCAUCUUUUGAAGCUCCUAGUUCUACUACACAUCUUAUAGAUUCGUUAGCCGUCGAUAGUGGUGCUACGGAUCUUGAAAGUGCCAGCGAACUUGGUCCAACUAUUCAUUCAUUAUCUGAAUUAUCUCCGUCUGUACAUAAUGCAAGAGUUGGAGAGAUUCGUCAUUCGGAGACGUACCCAAUCGACAGUCCAGUUACUGGUCGCUUAGCACCACCACCUACGUCAGGGACACUGACAUCGGAACCGAGUGGAACUGAAGAUAUGAGUGAAAGUGAUGGUAAACACAAGAAGAAAAAACGACGCUUCAAACUUCCCUCAUUCUCUUUAAAACCUAAAGACAAAUCAAAGAGUAAAUGA